UGGUGGGAUCAGCCGCUAUGGCGUGUGGUGGAAUUACCAUUUAUAUGUUUUCAGAAGCUGAUACAACCCUUGAGGAUAAUAAUUUAGGCUACCAAACAGGAGAAUAUGCUGGGAUUGGAGGCAAGACUAGAUCCUGGAUUGGAUUAAUUGAUAUGUAUAUGAAAGAGAAAGAGAAAGAGAGGAGAGAGAUUGAGGAAAGACGGCACUACCCUUUGGAUAUGAGAUUGAAGGAGAAUAUUGUUGGACAAGAAGAAGCCAUUCAUACAGUUGCUGCAACAAUUCGUAGAAGAGAAAAUGGUUGGUAUGAUGAGGAACAUCCCCUUGUGUUUCUCUUUCUUGGAUCUUCAGGAAUUGGAAAAACAGAGCUUGCCAAACAAGUGGCUAGGUAUCUUCAAAAAGGCAACAAGAAGGGUUUUAUAAGACUGGACAUGUCUGAAUACCAAGAGAAACAUGAGGGUCGUUUGACAGACGGACAGGGGAAGACGAUUGUAUGCAAAGAUGCCAUUUUCGUGAUGACUUCAAACCUUGCUAGUGAAGAAAUAGCAAAUCAUGUAUUGGAACUGAGAAGAGAAGCAAAACUAGCUGCUGAACAAAGACAAGAAGGUGGAGAAGUAAGUGAAAAGGUUACUAUAUCAAGAAAGUUUAAAGAAAGAGUGGUCCAGCCUAUUCUGAAGGCUCACUUCGGACGAGACGAGUUCCUGGGUCGCAUCAAUGAGAUAGUUUACUUCCUACCAUUUUCACAGCCAGAGCUUUUAAGCUUAGUGAAGAAAGAGCUGGAUUACUCGUCAGAAAUGGCGUUGAAUCGACAUGAUAUCCACAUAAGUUGGGAUAAAGAAGUCUUGGAUAUACUGGCUGAUGGCUACGACGUACAUUACGGAGCGAGAUCCAUAAAACACGAAGUUGAAAGAAGAAUUGUCAAUCAACUUGCUGCUGAGCAUGAGCAAGAGUUGAUAAGUUCCGGAUGCACCCUGCACUUAACAGUGAGCCGCCCCAAAGAUAACUCAGAGGAAGUAGCUCCUACCAUCAAACUGCAACACAUUACGGAAGCAGGGCAUGAAAUUGCACCUAAUACAGGUGCCAAUGAGAAUAAAUUUUUCUCUUUGGCUACUAAAUUUUUCUCUCUGGUGAUCAAAUCCUGAAAAUUAGGCACCAAACUGGCAACUAGAAUGCUUCAUCAUAACCUUACCUAAAGAUAUAAUGAGCUAAAAAGAUUUGCAAAAGUAAAUCCGCAGCAAACUUCCUCUUUAAGUUUGUUUCCAAAACACAGCACAUGCAUCUCAAUCGCUGACUAGACACCAUUUUGGAUUUAGGUGAGCUUAAAGGUUGUAUAUCAUCCAUCCUAGAGUCCACUUUGUGGCACAUAAAAGAUCUUUUUCCUAACUUCAUUUUGGAGGUUCUAUCUAGGACGCUGACAGCGUAAAGAAAGGGUUUGUUUGUCUUUAAAAAUGGCAAUCAACUUUUUUUGAAUUGGGUACCACUUUGAAAAAUUUAGGAGCCAAGUGGCUUUCAGGAAAAAAAUCAAUUUCAUGCCCUGCAUUGAUGUUGGAAACUAUUUUGUUCCUGAAGAUAAACCGUUCUGUUGAAGAAGAGAAAGCAAGCAACAAUCGACCCAGGAACGGAAAUGAAUUUGAAGACACUUGGUCUUGAGGAUUCAAGACUAACUGUAGAUAUUUAUACCAUUUUGGUCUUUCUGUCAUGGUUAUGCUUGUCAUUUAUUGACAUUGCAGUGAAAUUUGUGUAAAAUGAGUACAACAGGAGCUAUUUUUGUAUAUUACCACAAUUAUAAUAUUGUUUUGAUUUUGUUUGAUUUUGUUUUCCUCUGUCUUGGAUUGGAAAUUUUUUAACCAAAGCCACAACAUACAUAACAGGUAUGCUUGCUUUAAUUUAAACCCGGUUUCCUUUUCUUGCUUUGCCUUGGACUUCAGACAUUUUCCCAUCUAUCUGGUGAGGUACACAUUUUGUGUUCAUUGUUGUUGAGUGGCAAACACAUCAU